AUGGCGACCCUCACCAACGGCUCUGGGCCGAACCCGUCCCAGCAGCCCAAGGCCAUCCGCUUCGUAAACAACCAGGGACAGCCGCCGCAGAAGCGCAGGAGGAUCAAUGCAGCACGCAAGACACGCUGCGCUGGCGAGCAUCCCGAAUGCUCGACCUGCAACAAGAACGGGCACAAGUGUCUUGGAUACUCGGACGUGCCGGACAAGAAGAGAGACUCGGUGAGCGGGCCAGGCGGCGACGAUGCGUCCUUCGAUCGCGAUGGUGGCGACUACGCCGAGGACGAGAUGCACGAUGAGCAUCGCCAGUGGAGACCGAAUAGGAACGGCAUCAAGCGACAGGACACCGACGACAGCGCAUCAUCGUCGCGUCGCCUAUCGGAAUCCGCCCACCAGGCCGGCUUCCCUUCCGUACGACUCAAGACCGAGAGCGUAGACUGGGAGGAACAGCAGACACAGAGCCGACAGGCAUCGGAUACGCGCAGCCCGAGCAUUCGGUCUCCCGAGCUGCGACACCAUCAAAACGACAGCUACAGGACGCCGUACUUUCGCUACUUUGGGCCGACGGCUAUUGUCCCCGGCUUCAAGCAGAUGGUCGUGAAAGUCCGCGAUAGGCGACGAAGCUCCAUGUCGGCAACUUCCCCGAGCUCCGGCGUGUCGUAUCCCAGCAUCUACACGUCGGUCCAUUCAGACCAUGAAGGUGACCAGUUGGAGGACAUACCUGUAUAUGAUCCCCACGAUGCCAGCCCGGUCCACCCGGUCAUCCUCCAGCUGGUCGACAUCUUCUUUACUCACCUCGGCUGCAAUUAUCCAUUCCUCCGCAGAGACAAGUUCCCCAGAAUGGUCCAGGAGAAAAGGGUAGAGCCGUUCCUUGUAGACGCCGUCUGUGCUCUCGCAGCCCGGUUUUCCGACUCGCCGACUUUCAAUAGGUCUAUCGCGGGGAAGCUCUCCAAGGCAGACAAUGGCCAGCAGUUUGCAAACCGGGUCAAGCCCUUGAUUGUGGAGACCUUCCCGUGUCCCUCCGUAGCAGCUGUACAGACUUGUUUGUUGAUGGCAUAUGAAGGUUUCGGCGCAGACCAGGAUAGCGCCUUGUGGAUGUACCUGGGAUGUGCCAUCCGCAUGGCGGUCGACCUGGGUCUGCACAAGAAAGCCGGAGUCAAAUAUCAGGGCGAGCGCGACGCAUGGUACACGCGAUUCUAUAACAGAAAACCCAGUGACCAUGACCUGCCUCAGUUUAAGCCUGGCGAUGAUGAGGUCCCCCUGAGCUUGGAGGAACAGAAGGAGCUGGAGCAGGAGCGUAUCGACACCUUCUGGUCCGUCUUUCUCCUUGACCGCAUUAUCUCAUCCGGCACAGGCCGCCCGGUCACGUUCCGCGACGACGACUACGAGCUUGAGAUGCCCAGAACAUCGGUAGACCCAGUUGCCUACCCAGACCCGUUUCCGGCUCUGGUCCACAUCAUCUAUCUCUACGGGCGAGUGUCGGAUGUCUUGAACAAGGUGAUCAAGCCUAGCGACCUGACUCAAGCGAGGAUCGAGCGACUUGUCGUCAUGGAGCACGAGCUCACCAGGCUCCACCAGAAGCAGCACGUAAGAUUGCGUUUUGAUGCUCAGAAUUUUCAGAAAUAUGUGGAAAGGGGUCAGGGCACCACGUUUAUUCUGUUGCACCUUUGGUUCCACGCCUUGAUCAUUGUGCUGCAUCAACCGACCCUUCUCGCACCGCUGAUCGAGAUUGACCAGGCGCAUGAACUGGCGCCGCACAGCCGGGAGUUGUCCAUGUCCAGCGCCAAGACCAUCGCAGACAUACUUGCCUUCAGUAACCUCAUCGACGCGAAGAGUUGCAUUGGCAACCCGUUCACCUCGCAGCCCAUCUACAUCGCCGCGUGCGCUUUUCUCGUCGAAUCGGAGAAGUCCAACGCAUCACAGCCGGUCUCGAGGGAUGCCACUCCGGCAAGAGAAAAUGGUGGCUUCGCGGUACCACGACCCGUCGGGCCAAAGACCAGUGCUUCGUCGGGCACAAGGCAGUCUAGGAGACACACGCUCUUGGCCUCGGCCGCAACUCAGAACUACCAAGCGUGCUACAAGGCGCUUGAGUAUCUGCACGCCUACUGGGGCGGGAUCAGAUAUAUAUUGACAGCCUUGAAUCAGAAAUCCGAAGGAAUCUGGGACUGCGAGACCUACACACGCGAAGAAUACGAGAGCACCAAGCUACCUCGUCGUAGCGGAUCAAUCCAACGUUUCAUCACGAAGGUCGAACAGCACCCGUCGCCAACUCCAGGGCCACCUUUGGCUUGGUCGCUGACCGGAACCACGAAUUCCCCAAACUCGAGCUUGACCCUUCUGUUCCAGAACCCGCCCGGUAACCCAGCUAACUCCAUGCCAUCCGCCCAAGCAUGCGGUCCCGCGUCCGCGCCCACGCCGCCUGGCAACAUGAUCUACGAUCCGAUACGCCAAAGCCUGCCCGAGACGGCCCAGAUGUACCCUCCUGCGUACCCCCAGCCGAACACGUCCGCCUUGCGACAUUCCAUGAACCAGCCUCAACCUCGUCGGAUGUCAGGCACAUCUAACCAGAGCAAACCCUUGCUCCGAUUCGAUGGUAUGGCCCCUGAUGAUGCUCGCACAACUCCGACUACGCCGGACUCCAAGGUCCAUCUUGCCCUGCCCUCGCAACCUUGCACUGCCACAGUUGGCCCAAAGUCAUAUACACCGUCAUCGCAGCAAUCUUCAGUAUAUGAUACAACAUCUAACUACCAAGUAGGAGCCUCGCCGACCAGCACCAUGACGGACCUGAACUCGGCACAGUCCCACAACGGGACCGGGGCAAACUCGAGCAACACGCCCACGGGGACAUAUACGUCGGACAGCGGACCGUCAAACUUUGCUCAGAGCGGGCUAGCAUCCAGCGGGUAUUCCUAUCUUGGUCCAACGGGCCAGAGCAUGUCCCUUGUCACGUACGACAACGAGACGGACAUUGGCCAGCACUUGACCAGCUUCGAGUCGACAGACAUGAUGAGUUGGUUCGGGGAGUAUUUUCCUGGCGAUAUGAUGGGUCUCUAUGAUAAUGGUGGGCCCUCUCUAGGGCAAUGA